AUGAACCUGGCUGCAGAUCUUUUCUGUUUGUUGGUAUGCCUCACCGCAGUGACUUCGGACCGGGUCUAUGUCCACCCUUUCAAUUUGUUUUCUUUCAACAAAAGUACCUGUGAGGAGCUGGAAAGCCUGGGCCAGGGGGGAAAGAAAACUUUUGUCCCUGUCUCAAUCGAGUCUCAAACCACACCUGCCUAUGAAGAUGACCUGAAUGACAAGGACAAGCUGGAAGCCCCGAGCCUGAGUGGCCGGGGGAGGCAGAAACUGAGCUACCUGAAGGACUUUGUGUACAUCCUGGGUGUGCGGUUUUACAGCGAGCUGCGGGAAGCGCGGCAGGGCCAAAACGUGCUCCUGUCCCCAACCAGUCUUUACGGCUCUUUGGUGUCUUUCUACCUGGGCGCCUCAAACCAGACGGCUGCUGAUUUGCAGGGUUUGCUGGGAUUUGUUCCCCCCUCUGGAAACCCUGACUGCACCUCCAGGGUGGACGGACACAAAGUCCUUUCCAGCCUGAGGAUGAUUGAAAGCCUCAUCAAGAGCAGGGACGAGGAGCUGCUCUUUUCCAAGACACUCUGCUUGUUCUCUGCCCGCGGCGUACCUCUAUCCCAACUGUUUGUGCAGGACUUGCUCCACUCCACUGAUGCUCUCUAUGUCCGAGCUGUUGACUUUACAAACCCAAGUGAGGCAGCAAAGCAAAUAAACGCCUUUGUGGAGGCCAAAAGCGAGGGCCAAAGCAAGUGCUUACUGACAGACAUCGAUCCAUCCGCCGACCUGCUGUUUGUCGUGGACGUCCGCUUGGCAG